CGCUGCCGCCGCGACGACGACGACUCUUGUUUUCUCGCUCCAGAUUCGCUCAGCUGCGCCGAGGCGACCGGCUGGCCGCCCGAGCAGCAUGAGCGCGUCAGGGUUGCCCGGGAGCGGCGGCGGCGGCGGGUCGGGCUUGCCUCCGCUGCCCAAGAGCCUGAGCGGUUUGUUGAAUUCUUCGUCCAGCGGGGGCGGCCCGGGCGGAGCCGGGGGGCGCUGGCGGGACCUAGAGCGGCUCUACGCGCAGAAAUCUCGCAUCCAGGACGAACUGAGCCGGAGUAGUGGCGGCAGCAGCGGGGGCCGAGGAGGAUCCCCUCGGCCGCCGAAGCCUCCCAACCUAGACGCCGCCUUGGCCCUGCUCCGAAAAGAGAUGGUUGGCCUCCGGCAGCUAGAUAUGUCAUUACUGUGUCAACUAUACUCCCUUUAUGAGUCAAUUCAAGAAUAUAAAGGUGCCUGCCAAGCUGUAUCAAGUGCAGACUGUGCAUAUGCACUGGAAAAUGGCUUUUUUGAUGAAGAGGAGGAAUAUUUCUAAGAACAUGGAACUAUUCCCGAGAGUCUAGCUUGGAAGCGGCUUGCAGUUGUGAGAUCAUCAGUACCUAAUUGGAACGCUUAAGUGCAUUUCUGCCUUGUGCUGAAGAAAAAGAGGCUCUACGACUUUGCAACCCAUUUAUUUCUGGCAUGCUGUCAACCCAAGUUAUGCACUGUGUGAAUCCUGCUUUAGGAAAGCAGUGUGUGACAAAUUUUGAAGCAUCUUUGAGCAUGUUUGACAGGCCAUGUCAGUAUAAUUUGUGCACUGGGCGUUUCCAGCUUGCACGUGUUGGCAAAUAACUUUCUAUAAGCUGUAGCUUUGGAUCAUGCAAGAAAGCAAUGACAUCUGGAGUGUUCUGACAUGCAAAGGAAUACCUACAACUAUGCAGAGUUCAUCUACUUGUAAACAUUAUGAUCACCUUUGAACUGGUGUUGCGUGUUUAAAAAAAAUAUUGGGGGACCAACGUGUAUCUGCUCCAAUACUAUAUUGGAUGAACUUUGCAGUGUCAAAUAUUCUAAAAGCCUGUAUCACUUUUUUCCGUCCCAAAGUUUACACAUUGGUCAGCUUAGCCUUGCCCUCCAGUAAUUCAGUUUGCUUUCCCUUUUGCUACUAUGUGUCAGUAUGAGUUUUAGCUAUUUAAACCAAUAUAAUCUAAGUUUGUUUUGUAACACUUUGUAUAGUUUUACUCAAAUACAGUAAAAGCAAAUCAGUCUAGCUCAUUGUGUGACUUUGCACUAUCAUAAGCUCACACAGGUAUACUUUAGGUGCUUAUCAUUCAAUGGAUAGUAACAUGAGGAAAUUUCAGAUGAACUGAGAACAGUAGCAAUAUUUUAUACUACUAAAAUGCUUGGAAGGCAAGCUGUGAACUUGGUUUUUUAUAAAUCAAAAGGACCUACACAAAUGAUUUGUAGGCUAAUACAUGCAGCUUUGUUUUUAUAACUGACCAUAAUUGAAAAUUCAAGCUUUACCUGUAAUUUAUUAAACUUUUCAACAAA